GCCGAUGCCAAAAGGAUGCCAAAAUGGAUGCCAAAAAAGCUGUAUAAAUAUGACGUUCCCACCCUUUUGAGACGGACCCUUCUCUCUCCCCCGCCCCCCCUUCUACUGCCAUUUCUGGAGAGCUCCAGAGCCCGUAAAGGAAGAGGAGGAAUGAAGAACUCGGUGUUGGGCCGAGACCUCUUUAUUGACAGCGAGGGGGAAGAAGACGAUGAGGUCGUCGACGAGGAGGAGAUGGGGAAGGAUCGACUGGAAGAGGAGGACAGCGACGAAUCGGACGGCUCGGAUUCGUCGAGCCCGCGGCUCAGCAGCAGGCCCAGCUCCUACAACACCACAUGGCCGCAGAGCUACAGGCAAUCCAUGGACAUGUAUAGCAGCGUUACACCACCGACAGUAGGGUUUUUGGGCACCCCUACACUUAGCAGAUUGUCAAGUUCCUUCAUCACUUCUUCCUUCCGUGGGAAGCACACCCCAGAAAUCAUCACCUCACUAAUUAAGCCCCUCUUAGCCACCUCCGCAGCGGAUCAACAACAUGAAGUAGAAGAAGAAAGGAAGAGCUCUCAUUCACUUCUACUCCCUCCUCCAAUCCAAACAAGGAGGUCAUCUGCAAAAAAGAUUCACAAAGUCUCCCAUGAGUUGCCUAUCUCACGCCAAUGCUCCUAUGGACAAGCAGUGCUCAAUGGAAUCAAUGUUCUUUGUGGGGUUGGGAUCCUUUCGACGCCUUACGCCAUGAAGGAAGGAGGCUGGAUGGGGCUCUCUAUACUGCUCAUAUUUGGAGUGCUUGCAUGGUACACUGGUAUCCUACUGCGCUACUGCUUGGACAGUGAGCCGGGCCUGGAGACGUUCCCAGAUAUUGGCCAGGCCGCAUUUGGCACCACAGGCCGAUUUGCUGUCUCUAUUAUACUCUACCUGGAACUGUACGCUUGCUGUGUUGAAUACAUCAUACUAGAGAGUGAUAAUCUAUCUUCAUUGUUUCCCAAUGCACACUUAAAUAUUGGUGGGCUGCAUCUAAGUUCUCAUCCACUCUUUGCCAUCAUGGCCACUCUCGUCGUCCUCCCUACCACUUGGCUUCGAGAUCUAAGCCUACUUAGUUACAUAUCAGCUGGAGGAGUUAUCGCAUCUUUGCUGGUGGUCUUUAGUUUGUUUUGGGUUGGUUUAGUGGAUCAAGUUGGCUUUCGACAUGGUGGAACUUCACUAAAUCUCUCAGGGAUUCCAAUUGCUGUUGGGUUAUAUGGAUACUGCUACUCAGGCCAUGCAGUUUUUCCAAACAUAUAUUCCUCUCUAAAGAAACCUAACCAGUACCCAUCAGUUCUCUUCACUAGUUUUUCAAUUUGCACCGUGAUGUUUGCUGGAGUUGCUGUCAUGGGCUACAUCAUGUUUGGGGAUUCCACAUUAUCUCAGUUCACACUCAACAUGCCCCAUAAUCUGGUGGUUUCAAAGGUCGCCGUGUGGACUACGGUGGUGAAUCCGUUGACCAAAUACGCAUUGACCCUGACUCCAAUGGCAUUGAGUUUGGAGGAGUUGAUACCAGCAAACCAUCUAAAAUCUCACAUGUAUGCAAUCAUCAUUAGAACAGCUUUGGUGUUCUCCACCUUGUUUGUGGCACUUUCAGUCCCUUUUUUUGGUCUGGUGAUGUCUCUAAUUGGUUCCAUGCUCACCACGCUUGUAACUAUGAUUCUCCCUAGUGCUUGCUUUGCUAAUAAUAUGUUGUUGCAGACUAUGAUUCUUCCUUGUGCUUGCUUUUUGGGCAUUCUCAGGGGUAAGGUGACCUGGACUCAGGUAUCAUUGUGUAUAUUUAUUAUCACAGUAGGAGUCCUCUCCUGUACCUUUGGCACAUUCUCAGCGCUAUCCAAGAUAAUUCAAAGUUUGAGUUGAUCUUUUGUUUGUCAUAUGAAGAUUGUACCCAGUGGCUUUCAAUCAUGUUAUAUUUGUUUAUUGUAUUUUUUAUUUUUGUUUUUCUUAUAAAUUAGGUGUGGGGAUCCUUAUUUGUGUUUUAGUCUGAAGAAAUAAAUUCUACAAAAUUUCCUUACCAAUA